GUGGCUUUUUCCCGGGGGCUCGACAUUAUAAAGAUUUCUUCUUCUCUCUCUCGCGUCAACCAGCUUCCCUUCCCUCUUCCUCCCUUCUUCUUCCCCACACAAAACUCGAAAACCCGUUUCUUCGCUCAUUCAUUUUUUUCUCUCACCCACUUUCCCCUCUCCUCUUUCCCUUUACCGAAAAUCUGUAGACUGGUACUCUCAGAAACAAUCAUCCGCCAACUGCUACGACCUUUAAGCUUUUUCAUCUUUUAUCCAAAGGCUGCCCCUGAUGUUUGAAUCCAAGGGCAAGGGGGUCACUUGGACCACUAUACUUUACUUAUUUUGCAUUUUCCUAGCACCUCUCCUGUUUCUCUCUCCAGCAACCGCUGCGGAGAACGAGACUGACAACUUCGGAACUGUUAUCGGUAUUGAUUUGGGAACUACCUACUCAUGUGUUGGUGUUAUGAAGGGUGGUCGUGUCGAAAUCUUGGUCAAUGAUCAGGGAAAUCGUAUUACUCCUUCCUAUGUCGCUUUCACGCCUGAUGAACGUCUUGUCGGUGAUGCCGCGAAGAAUCAAUAUGCCUCUAAUCCCCAAAACACCAUCUUUGACAUCAAGCGUCUCAUCGGACGUAAGUUCAACGAGAGGGAUGUACAGAAUGACAUGAAGCACUUUCCCUUCAAGGUCAUCAACAAGAAUGGUCAGCCCGCUGUCCAGGUCGAGGUUGGUGGUGAGGAGAGGGAUUUCACUCCCGAGGAGAUCUCCGCCAUGGUUUUGGGCAAGAUGAAGGAGAUUGCCGAAGGCUACUUGAGCCAGAAGGUUACACACGCCGUAGUCACUGUCCCCGCCUACUUCAAUGACGCACAGCGUCAAGCUACCAAGGAUGCUGGUGUCAUUGCCGGUCUCAAUGUUCUUCGUAUUGUUAAUGAGCCCACCGCCGCCGCCAUCGCCUAUGGAUUGGACAAGAAGGACGGUGAGCGUCAAAUCAUUGUCUACGAUCUUGGUGGUGGUACUUUCGAUGUUUCUCUCCUGUCUAUCGACCAGGGCGUUUUCGAGGUCUUGUCCACCGCUGGUGAUACUCAUCUUGGAGGAGAAGAUUUUGAUUACCGUGUCAUUACCCAUUUCGCCAAGCUCUACAACAAGAAGAACAACGUUGACAUCACCAAGGACUUGAAGACCAUGGGUAAGCUGAAGCGUGAAGUUGAAAAGGCAAAGCGCACUCUUUCUUCCCAGAUGUCUGUCCGUAUCGAAAUCGAGGCCUUCCACGAUGGUAAAGACUUUUCCGAGACUCUUACCCGGGCCAAGUUCGAGGAGCUCAACCUUGACUUGUUCAAGAAGACCCUCAAGCCAGUCGAGCAGGUUCUUAAGGAUGCCAAGGUCAAAAAGUCUGAGGUUGACGAUAUCGUUCUCGUUGGCGGUUCCACUCGUAUCCCUAAGGUUCAGGCUCUUCUAGAGGAGUUCUUUGGUGGUAAGCAGGCUUCCAAGGGUAUCAAUCCUGAUGAGGCUGUUGCCUAUGGCGCCGCUGUCCAGGGUGGUGUCCUAUCUGGUGAGGAGGGCACUGAGGAUGUCGUUCUCAUGGACGUCAACCCAUUGACUCUCGGUAUCGAGACCACCGGUGGUGUCAUGACUAAGCUUAUUCCCCGCAACACUGUUAUCCCUACCCGCAAGGCUCAGAUAUUCUCCACUGCUGCCGACAACCAGCCAGUCGUCUUGAUCCAGGUUUACGAGGGAGAGCGUGCCAUGACAAAGGACAACAACUUGUUGGGCAAGUUUGAGCUUACUGGCAUUCCCCCAGCUCCUCGUGGCGUUCCUCAAAUUGAGGUCUCCUUUGAAUUGGAUGCCAAUGGUAUCUUGAAGGUUUCCGCUGCUGACAAGGGCACUGGAAAGUCUGAGAGUAUCACCAUCACCAACGAGCGAGGUCGUCUUUCCCAGGAUGAGAUUGACCGCAUGGUUGCUGAGGCUGAGAAGUUUGCCGAUGAGGACAAGGCCAACCGUGAGCGUAUUGAGGCCAGAAACGGUCUUGAGAACUACGCUUUCACUAUCAAAAAUCAGGCCAACGAGGAGGAGGGUCUCGGUAGCAAGAUUACCGAUGACGAGAAGGAGACCCUUCUCAACGCUAAUGGAAGCACUGCUACCACUGAAGACUUUGAUGAGCAGAAGGAGAAACUCAGCUCGGUCGCCUAUCCUAUCACCAGCAAGAUGUAUGAGGGUGCAGGUGGUUCUGACGAUGACGAUAGCAUCCCUGACCAUGGGGAACUAUAAGCGUGAUGGUUUGAUGUUUUUGUUUUUUUCCGGUUUAUAUAAAAUUUCUUGCGGGCUGAGGAGGUGUUAGGCCCGGCUAGUGUUAGAUGGAGGAGCUAUGAUUCCUCGCCUUGUAUGUAAAAACAGCGGUUUUUCCUUAUGUUAAAGGGGUUUGUUUGAAUACACGUUUUAUGACUGGUUGA